CCUUGCAUAAUACCAGAGACAAAACAGCAAGACUUAUUGAGCUCUUUGGGAUAUUGUGCCCUUAGCUAAACGCGUUGCUAAGCUACAAAUGUGGAGAGCACGACGUUAGCUGACCGUUAUAGCUUAGCUACGUUUAUCAUAUUACGACCCCCGUUGGUAUAAGUUCUUGGCUCAAAGAGGCAAUAUAAGUUUGCCUCACUUUCGUCUUCCACCAGUCCAUUCUAAAGGAAACUGAGAGUAGGAAACCAACUUUUGGUUUGACUGAGUUACAGACAAGCGCACGCGAUUGUUCCUGCUUGUGGAGUGAGUAAAAAUGACGUUUUUGAUUGCGUUGACUCUCUUUUUGAGUUUGGCCAACGUGUCAGUGGCCGACAUUGCAGAACUGUGUGCAGAGGAAAAGCAACUCUUUUGGUCGUGUGGGUCCGUGUUGAAAGAUGCGAUGAUGCACCGCAAAGACGUCGCCUUGAUGUGCAGGGGGUUUGCCUCAUACUUGGACUGUGUGAACGAUAUCAACAUCGUCUGUCCAGAUUACGCGGAUGCCAGUGGGCUUGAUUCCACUCUUAACUACAUGAAAGGAGUUCUGGACUUUGAAUGCCCAGGAACUCGGAGGAGUGAGGGGUGCUCACCAAAGCUCGUAUCACGGCUUAUGGUACGCUGCCAAAACGUUGCCCAAAUUAACAGGGGUGGAUCUAUCUCUGGAGGUUGCAGGAAACUUGGUGCCUACCAAACCUGCUUAUCCGAAGCUGCCGAAGUUUGUGAGGACAGCCCAGCCCUCGACAGUGCAGGCCUGCUGUCGAGUAUAGAGGCUGCCGAGGCAGCUAUUGUUACUCAAUGUUAAUUCAUCGUGACGGAAUAGCCAUAAGUGGGUCACAUCACUUCUACAAAAUGAGGCAUGUACGGGUGCUGCUUUCAGAUGUUUUUACCAAAACUUUGGCUUGUGCACAGCCAGGAAACACCACUACGAUUUUACAGCAGAUUAAUAUUGUUCAUGAGGUGUAUAUAACAAACCUUCCUGUUAGAGGCAAAUGCAACUUCAAGAUCAUACAUUGUUGAGUGAUUAAAAAAGACGAUUGUGCAUGUUAAUAGUUUAUAUUCCCCUCGGCAUAAUAUAAGUUGUCUUUCGAAUAAUAAUAUACGUUUCAUUCUUUCAUGUUUCAGUCACUCUCUUGUCUAUCAAUGUUAAACAAAAGCCAUUUGUGUUUUGUCAAACGACCAAUGAAUAAAUCCUUUGAUCAUUCGUA